AGCCCACAUUUCAAGAGGACACUCUCCUGCCGUGUUGAAGACAGACGAGCCGGCGGUGCUGGACCGUGAUUACUGGCACUUGGAGCUUUCGACCUCGGAAGCAGACCGUACUACAGCAGCAAAUCGGACCGACCCCCCUAGUUUAUCUUACCGGAAGCCCUCAGCAGCCGUCGCAGGUCGCUGGCAGACGGCAGACAGAACACCAGGCAACGACCAUCCAGAACUAAGCGUUGGCAGCCGCCGCUGUUGGUCACAAUGGUGGUCCUCGCUGCUUCCAUCUGCACCCGGGGCGGGAAGGCUGUCCUUUCAAGGCAGUUCCGCGAGAUGCCCAGGUCGCGUAUAGAAGCCUUGCUGGCAUCGUUCCCCAAGCUCGCCGACAGCGGAACUCAGCACACGACGGUCGAACAGGACAGCGUUCGCUUCGUCUACCAGCCGCUGGACGAGCUCUACAUGGUGCUCAUCACCAACCGCCAAUCCAACAUCCUGCAGGAUAUCGACUCCCUCCAUCUCUUCGCCCAGGUCGUCACCAGCAUAUGCAAAAGCCUAGACGAACGGGAGAUCGUGAAGAAUGCCUACGAGUUACUCAGCGCCUUUGAUGAGCUCGUGACUCUGGGGUACAGGGAGAACCUCACCAUCAGCCAGAUCAAGACCUUCCUGGAGAUGGAGAGCCACGAGGAGCGGAUCCAGGAGAUCAUCGCCCGGAACAAAGAGCUCGAGGCGACAGAAGAGCGCAAGCGCAAGGCCAAGCAGCUCGAGAUGCAGCGCAAAGAGUCGGCUCGAACCGGACGAGCUGGCGGUGCGCCCAGAACGCCCGUCUAUCCGACCUACACUCCGCCUUCCCGCCCGACUGUCACAGAUACGUACGACACGUACGAGGCGGAGAAGAACAAAUCCAAGUUUACGGCACCAAAGGGCAAGGGAAUGCAGCUGGGAAAGAAGUCCAAGACAACGGAUAUGUUCGAAAGGGUUCGAGGAGACAUGGGUGCCGAGGUCGAGGAUGCACCCCUCCUACCACCCACGUCCUCGGCAGCUGCGGCGGCAGCAGAGCCGGCAGCGGCUCGGCAUUCCACAAGCGUCGACCGCGACGCCAUUCACGUCACCGUCUCAGAGAGCAUAAGCGCAAAGAUAUCCAGGGAGGGUGCGGUCUCUUCGUUUACGGUCAACGGCGACCUGAACCUUCGGGUGACGGACCCUAGUCUCACCAAGAUCAAGCUUCACCUAACGGCCAACGCUUCGCAUGGAGCCCAGUUCCGCACGCACCCCAACGUGGACCGCAACCUGUUUAACAGCUCCAAGCUGAUUCAGAUGAGCAAGGCGGAUAGGGGUUUCCCGGUCAACAACUCUGUCGGCGUGCUGAGGUGGAGGUCGUCACCCAAGACUGAUGACACCAGCUCCCUUCCGAUCAGCUUCAAUGUCUGGGUUAACAAGGGCCCCGACGGCAACUGCACUCUGACGGUUGAGUAUGAGCUCACAGGGGGUGACGAGCUGAAGGACGUCAGCGUCGUGAUCCCCUAUUCGAGCGCCGAGCCGACUGUAUCGAGCUUCGACACGAUGUAUGAGGUGUCGGGAGACACCCUUGAAUGGUCGAUCGGUACGGUGAGCGAGGAAAACGCAAGCGGCUCCUUCGAAUUCGAAGCCGCGACAGACGACGAGACCGAGUUCUUCCCUAUGAAUAUUCGGUUUUCCAAGACGACGCCGUUCACCGAUGUUGAUGUACUGUCUGUUACUUUGGUGGAGGAGAACGAGGAGGUGACUUUCUCCAAGGAUGUCAAGUCGACAGCGGACUCGUACUUGAUUGAGUAGGCUGGGACUGGUUGCCAUCUGCUUUAUGGAAUGGUGUGGCACAUGGGUGGUCUGGUCUGAUUUGUUCGUUACCAAAAGCGGGAGAACGUAGAACAAGGAAGGCAACGACGCAAUGAUCAAGACGAUUACAUAGACCUUGCACAAUCCUUCACCAUGGAAGUCCAAGCAAAAGGACCUUCCGGGCCCCCAACCUGGCGAGUGACUUGAUGUC